AUGACUCUUCGAUAUAUCCCGAGCCUUGCGGCUCAGUUCGAAAGGCUAUCGAUGGCCACGACUCCCAUUCGGCCGAUAAGUGCUCUCGCCACGCCUUUGUUCAGCAACAGAGCCUUGCCUGCGAAAAAUGCUGCCUCCACCUCCAGACGCCCAUUCUCAAGUACAGCCGCCAAUGCUGGAAAUUGGCUGUUGCCCACAAUGCCAGAAAAGAAGAGGUCACGUAAAGGUCGCCCUCGUGUGCCAACGGGCGGUUCAGCUCGAGGUACAACCAUGGUAUGGGGCGAUUACGGUCUACGGAUGAAAGAUCACCACCGUCGUGUCAGCGCAUCUCAGCUGAAGAUUGGAGAGGAUGCAAUCAAGGUCCGAUUAAAGGGAAUGCGGUAUCGUUUGUACAAAAGAGUUUGCGCCAACAUUGGUGUGUAUAGUAGCGGUAAUGAGGUCCGUAUGGGUAAAGGGAAAGGUACUUUCGAUCACUGGGCAUCCAGAAUUGCUGUCAGCAAAAUUAUUUUCGAAUUGAAGGGCGACAUACACGAGCAGGUUGCCCGAGAUGCAUUUCGAUUAGCGGCAAACAAGAUGCCUGGCAUGUACGAAUUUGUCAAGAAGGAUGAUCCACCUGUUGUUGGCAUUACAAAACUGGAUGGGAUUACGCUGGAGGAGUUGAAGAGACCUAGAAGAAAGACUCCUCUGGGUUCAAUACCCCCGGGCUCGACAGCUGAAACAAUGUCAAGUUCGACGUCUGCGUCUGUGUCGCCAGACGCAUAG